AUGUCUCAAGCCUUUGUCAACGAGAUAUUACAGCAGUACGACACCAGCAAGGAGCAAGUAACACCGAAAUCUCUGCUAACAUCGACGACAAGACGACCUUCGCUUACCCGCGCGUCGUCAUCUGUUCAAAGCCGAAGCAGGCAGAAACUCUCCAGCACAAGUAGCCAGCCUCGGUCACUUUCGCGUAAUACGGGCACCGGCCGGACGGCUCCACGUCCGGCUGGACAAAACACAGAUCAACCCUUGGCGCCAUUUACUCCUAUGAGCUUUACCGCAAGCUACAAAUCUCUACAUCCUCACCUGUAUGUGCAGUCAGAUCUUCCCAAAAUCUCAUUCAAACACAAGUACGACCUGGAGAUAGUCACGAAGAAAUACGAAGAAGUCACAUCUAACUUGAAUGAGCUGAAACAGACUAUCGUCACUCUCAGAGCCCGAGAAGACGUGGCCAAAAAGGAGCUUACAGAGGCUCAGAUCACAGUCGAGUCGCGAGCUAUGGAGAUCGCAGAUUUGCUUUGUAACUUACGUCAGAUUCUCCCCAAUGUAGUUGACAGAGAUAUCGCUUCAUAUAUGAAUAAGAUAGAUGGAUAUGUGGGUGAUCUGUGCUCAGACAUUGCAAUAAACAGGAUGGCCGGAAAGUCCCAAUUCCGCUUAUACUCUAAAACAAAUACCCUAAUCCAAAAUGGGCCAUCUGAUAACAUGCGGCAAUACCUGUAUAGGGGUAUAAAUUACAAUAAUAGGCAAGCAGAUAGAGCGACAGAGCAGAUUGUCGAGCUUCUUUCUGUCAUCGCAGAGCGCGAGGACAACCUUCGCACCAUGAAGAGACAUCUUGAUCCCCUCAUCGCAGAGAUGGAAUUCCUGGAGGCAGAAGUGGAGGAAAAAACCCAUGCUCAGGCUCUACUAUCAGUUGAAGAAGAGAAGGAGCGGAGCCUUAAGGAGGAACUAAGACAGGUUAAGGCCGCUUUACUGGACGCUAAGACACAGAUCAAUGCCCGCCUCACAGAAAAAGAGAUGGGGAAAAUGGCCCUUCCAGAUUACCUGAACGACGGGAAGGUGAUAGGAUACGUGGGUGAACACUUGUCCGGAAUUAGUGACAGUAUAAACGUAAGCGAUGCUGUUUGUCAUCCUGAAAUUAAGAUUGCCUUCACACGACUGUAUAACUAUGCGCUCUCUCUGGAGCAUCUGCAAGCCAAGCAUGGUAUACGCCCCGUGCACACCAGCACUACAAGCACCCCAGGUCUGUUUGCUACUUUUGAAAAACACCGGACAGCAAGUCUUCGUCUCAAUGCACUAAACAAGGACCGAUACAAUGAAGCACUGGAAACAGCUCCUACAGAAUUUCCAUUCAAUAAUAGUGGUCAAUCUCGAUACCACGAAUCCAGGGGUAGUAUCGAAAAUGACAUUGGGUUACCAGUAUAUGAAACGAUAAUCGAUCAACAGCAUACAAAUCAGAGAGAAAAGCUCACUUAG